AUGUGCUCUACUGGAUGCUGCUCUACAGGAUGCUGCUCCGUUGUGAAGAGCAAGACGGUGUGCUGCAGCCAGCCGUGCCAGAAGACCAUCUGCUGCGAACCCUGCCAGAAGACCGUCUGCUGCAGCCCGUGCCAGCAGUCCAUGUGCUGCGACCCGUGCCAGAAGCCCUGCUGUGACCCGUGCCAGUCCUGCUGUGACCCAUGCCAGAAGCCCUGCUGUGACCCAUGCCAGCAGACUGUGUGCUGUGACCCAUGCCAGAAGCCCUGCUGUGACCCAUGCCAGCAGACUGUGUGCUGUGACCCGUGCCAGAAGCCCUGCUGUGACCCAUGCCAGCAGACUGUGUGCUGUGACCCGUGCCAGAAGCCCUGCUGUGACCCAUGCCAGCAGACUACUGUCUGUUGUGACCCAUGCCAGCAGUCCUGUUGUGACCCAUGCCAGCAGUCCUGCUGUGACCCAUGCCAGAAGACUGUGUGCUGUGACCCAUGCCAGCAGUCCUGCUGUGACCCAUGCCAGAAGACUUCCUGCUGUGACCCGUGCCAGCAAUCCUGCUGUGACCCAUGCCAGAAGACCGUGUGCUGUGAUCCAUGCCAGCAGUCCUGUUGUGACCCGUGCCAGAAGACAAUCUGCUGUACCAAGGUGUGCCAGAAGCCCUGCUGCUCCUGUGGCUGCAGCCCCUGCUGCAGCUCUGGGUGUCUGUCUUGCUGCUCCUAUGUGGUGAAGAAGAAGCCCGUUGUGAUGUGUUGCAGUCCCGUGCAGUGCUGCUCUCCUGUGAGGAGGUAUUGCAUACCCAUCCAGCAGUGCUGCACCUCAAUCAAGAAGCGUUGCUGA